UCCGCCGUGUCAAUUUGCGACCCACCCAACCCCCAUUUCACUCCGCCAUCAUCCCUCUUUCUUCGUCAUCCCCAUACUACAUACCACUCCCCUCACAUGAUCCCCCUGCGUGUGUAUUUUAAAAUGAUCAGAUCCCUGACUCCAUAACCCACCCACCACCACCGUCCCCUUUGAUGGGCCAGUCCUCUUCGACCCACGGUUUGACCAACCACCACCGUACCACCACCGUUCCAUCGGAGAUUCUCUCUCUGACGCAGCAGACACACCAAGACACUCCGGAGCUUCAAUCGGACCUUAUGGGAACCCAAGAGUACAUCUCCGAACUCCCCGACGAGUGCUUGGCCUUUAUUUUUCAGUUCCUAAGCUCCGGCGACCGAAAAUACUGUUCUCUCGUCUGCAAGCGGUGGCUGCUGGUGGAAGGUCAGAGCCGCCACCGCCUCUCUCUCAACGCCCAGGCUGACCUCCUCCCUCUCAUCCCCUCUCUCUUCUCUCGCUUCGACGCCGUCACGAAGCUCGCUCUCCGAUGCGACCGGCGAUCCGUCAGCCUAGACGAUGACGCCCUCAUUCUCAUCUCGCUCCGCUGCGUUAACCUCACGCGCCUCAAGCUCCGCGGCUGCCGCGAGCUCACCGACCUCGGCAUGGCCGUUUUCGCCAAGAACUGCAAGGGUUUGAAGAAGUUCUCAUGUGGAUCUUGCAUGUUCGGAGUCAAAGGGAUGAACGCUGUGCUUGAUCACUGUUCCUCUCUCGAAGAGCUCUCCGUCAAGCGCCUUCGUGGCAUCAACGACGGCGGAGGCGUCGCCGCCAUCGCCGCCGAGCCUAUUGGCCCCGGCGUCGCCGCUUCGUCUCUGAAAACCAUAUGCCUCAAGGAGCUCUACAAUGGACAGUGCUUUGGACCCCUCAUCGUUGGAGCAAAGAAUCUGAAAACUCUGAAAUUGUUGCGAUGUUUAGGUGAUUGGGAUAGGCUUUUGGAAAUGAUCUCAAAUCGAAACAACUCUUUGGUCGAAAUUCAUUUGGAGAGGCUUCAGGUGAGCGAUGCUGGUCUUAUGGCGAUUUCGAAUUGUUUGGAUCUUGAGAUUUUGCACCUCGUCAAGACUCCCGAUUGCACGAAUGCUGGGAUUGUGAGCAUGGCUGAACACUGUAAGAUGUUGAGGAAGCUCCACAUUGAUGGGUGGAGGACGAAUCGGAUAGGAAACGAAGGCCUGAUCGCGAUUGCUAAGCAUUGUGCCAAUCUUCAAGAACUGGUCCUAAUUGGUGUCAAUCCUUGCUCAAUUAGCCUCGAAGCACUCGCAACCAAUUGUCAAAAGUUGGAACGAUUAGCGCUUUGUGGCAGUGAGACAAUUGGGGAUGCAGAAAUUUCGUGUAUCGCUGCAAAAUGCAUUGCAUUAAAGAAGCUCUGCAUUAAGGGAUGCCCGGUAUCGGAUCAAGGUAUUCAAACUUUUGCUUGGGGUUGUCCUAAUUUGGUGAAAAUAAAGGUUAAGAAGUGCAGGGGAGUGACAAGUGAUCUUGCUGAUUGGUUGAGGGUGAAGAGAAAAUCUUUGGUGGUCAAUUUGGAUGUGUGUGAGGUUGAAGCUGAAGGGUUCGAUGCGAGUGCAAGUGAUGGUGGAGCACAAGAAGAUGGUGUUGAAUUUCCUACAAUGGUGAGCCAAGUUAGUAUUACUGCGGCUGCUGUGGAUGCUCCAUCGACCAGUAAUGGCCGGACAUCAUUUUUCAAGUCAAGGUUUGGCCUUUUUGGAGGUAGGAGUCUUGUGCCCUGCACUUUCAGGAGAUGGUCAAACAAUAAUUCAAAUGGUAGCUUUUGAAUGUUCUUGAACAAGUGUUAGAAGAAGAAUUCUUGUUCUGCUCACGAUUUUUUUUUCUUUCUUCUUUUUUCUUUUUUUUAUAAAAUGUUUUCCCCUGCUUCUGAUUGCAGAGUACUUCAAUUCGGUGUUUAGUUUCAUUAACUUUAAUGUUAUGAUGUUUUGUUCAUGGCUUUCUUCAAACCGUAGAUAAAUUGUACUGAGAAUUAUUUGUCUGUCCCUUAUGCUUGAUUACAUCGAGUUGAUUUUGCUUGUCUUUCCACUAGUUUAGCAGGAUCUGGUGUCCUAUUGAGAUGUAUGGUGUUGGCUUUUGAAUGAGUUUUUGUAUUCUGCCCAGCUGUUUGCAGCUAUGUUGUAAUGUGAAGCCACAAAACUUUUUUGAAUGUGAAUGCCAAUUUGUAUAUUAAUGUGAUCACACUUA